UCGUCUCGUCUUAUCUCUGUGGUGUUUAUUCGGGAGAAUAUGGUCAUCAUGAGAGGUUCAGUUGUUCUUCAGCUGCUGCUCGUGACUCUGAGCGCGUCUGUGAUGAGCGCAAGAGACGCGCGAGAGAUCGUCGGGAAUUUCAUGGAGGAUGAGCGCGAGAGCUGGCGGUUCAGCCGCACCGUCAAACACUGGAACCGCUUCAGAGACGAUGACUACAUCCGUACACUGGAAGAUCCACAGACUUCUGAUGAAGGUGUGGAUACCACUAAAGAUCCAUGUCAGAAGGUGAAAUGCAGUCGCCAUAAGGUGUGUGUUGCUCAGGGUUACCAGAGAGCCAUGUGCAUCAACCGCAAGAAACUGGAACACAGGAUCAGACAGUCUGAAUUGAAGCCUCAUUCUAACAGCUGUAAACCCUGUUCAGUGACGUCCUCAACUCCUGUGUGUGGAUCAGAUGGUCAUAACUAUGCAUCACAGUGUAAAAUGGAGCAGCAGGCAUGUUUGUCGGGUAAGGACGUGUCUGCGUUGUGUUCUGGUUUAUGUCCUUGUGUCAGUGCUGGAGUUCCUAAACCAGAACCCAAAAUCAAGACUGAUCCAGAGACCACAUCUGAACCCAAACCAGUCUCUGUAGAGAUGUGUACUGGUCAGGAUUUGGCGGAUCUGGGUGACAGGCUCAGAGACUGGAUUCAGCUUCUCCAUGGCAACGCUAAGCAGAACAACUCUGGACGACAGAGCACAACAUCAGUGUUUGACACGGGUCUCGUGGCGGGCUGUAAGGACUCUAUCGGCUGGAUGUUCUCCAAGCUGGACACCAGUAAUGACAUGUUCCUGGAUCGGUCUGAGCUCGCCGCCAUAAACCUGGAGAAAUAUGAAAUGUGCAUCAGACCUUUCUUCAACUCCUGUGACUCCUACAGAGACGGCAAAGUUUCCACGGCAGAAUGGUGUCUGUGUUUCUGGAGAGAGAAACCUCCAUGUUUAGCUGAGAUCGAGAGAAUCCAGAUACAGGAAGCAUCUAAAAGUAAACCAGGCAUGUACAUCCCCAGCUGUGAUGAAGACGGCUAUUACAGGAAACUGCAGUGUGAUCACAGUCGCAGCGAGUGCUGGUGCGUCGAUCCGCACGGAACAGAGGCCACGGGGUCACGUAUCCAUGGAAACCCAGACUGCGAUGAUCUGGUCAGCUCUGGAGGUUUCAGCAGCGGUGUCGGAUGGGAGGAUGAAGAGGAGAAAGAGACAGAGGAGAACGCAGAGGAGGAGGAAGAGGAGGAGGAGCCGGGAGAGAGUGAUGAUGGAGGAUACAUCUGGUAAAACAUCUACAGGUGUCCAUGAGCGCUGCAGAUCAACCCGUCCACAUACAAACCAGCUGUUUUGAUUCAGUAGUGUCAUUCAUGUUCUGACUAGCGUCAGUAAUGGAUUCCCUCAUUGGUUUAGGCUUGAAAAAGACUCUAUAGUAUGUGAGCACAAACGCAUCUUGCUACUUAAUGUUUCAAGUGUUACAGUGAAGCAUCCUGACUGGGCCAAAUCACUCAUUUCACACAUUUAGCUGCAAGACAGACUUAAAGGAAUAUUUCAGGUUCAACACAAGUUAAGCUCAAUCGACAGCAUGUGUGACAGUGUUGAGUACCAUAAAAAAUAACUGUGACUCAUCCCUCAUUUACUUUUAAAAAAAAGUCAAGCACUUACAUUAAAAUGGAAGUCAAUGGGGUCAAUAUUUGGAGGUUUAAAGGCAGAAAGGUGAAGCUUAUAAUUUUAUAAAAGCACUUACAUUAAUUCUGUUAAAACUCGAGCUGUAGUUUGUUUAUAUAAUUGUUUUUACGGUCAUUUUAGGAUUUUAGAGUUUACGUGGUUACGUCGUCAUGGCAACGAAGUUAUAAAUUGUCUAUAACUUUCCAUAGAUGUGGUUAGUAAGUGAUUUUAUCACAUUAAAAUCAUGUUAACAAUACGUCUUGUAUCUAUACUUUUGAAACGGUGAGUAUUUUAAUGUUUACAGAUUGACCCCAUUGACUUCCAUUGUAAGUGUCUCACUGGAACACACAUUUGUGCUUUAUUUAUUUAUUUAUUUAUUUUAAGUCAAAAUGUUUACAAUAUGCCACAAAUGCUGUCGAUUGAGCGUAACCUGUAUUGAACCCAAUUGUGAUGCACCGAAAUGAAAAUUCUGGACACACUCGGCCACAAAUGAUUAUUUUAAAUUAGACUUUGUUUGGAGCAGUUGAACAAAUUCUACAUGUUAUUAUUAGGGAUGCAUCAGAAACACUUUUUCUAUAACUAGAUUUCAUUAUAAAAUAGAGUAGAAAGAGAAGAAUUACAUAAAAAAAAAAUGUAUAGCCAAUUAGGAAAACCUUUAUUAUAAACUACUCUACUGGAUAAUGCAGCAGCAAUUUUAACAGUAAUUCCAGUGAAAGUCUUCAGUGAACAUGCCAGUUCUAUUUUUCCACACAUUGUAUGUGGACUGGAUUCUUUAGUGGAUCUCUUUUGUGUUCAUUUUAGUUGUGAUAGAAAACUGUAGCUUCACAAGCCAUUUGUGCAUGUGCUGCUGCUAUGAGAGUGUCAACAACAGAGCAACGCUCAUUCAAAGCGCACUGUGCAUGCAGACUAUAUAUUUACUAUAAUGACCAACAGAGCGAUCACUUCACUUCCGGGGAUCUGAACUUUUUUCUCCCAAUUUGGAAUGCCCAAUUCUCACUACUUAGUAGGUCCUUGUGGUGGCACGGUUACUCACCUCAAUCCGGGUGGUGGAGGACAAGUCUCAGUUGCCUCCGCUUCUGAGACCGUCAAUCCGUGCAUCUUAUCACGUGACUCGUUGUGCAUGACACCGCGGAGACUCACAGCAUGUGGAGGCUCAUGCUACUCCCCACGAUCCACACACAACUUACCACACGCCCCAUUGAGAGAGAGAACCACUAAUCACGACCACGAGGAGGUUACCCCAUGUGACUCUACCCUCCCUAGCAACCGGGCCAAUUUGGUUGCUUAGGAG